AUAACAUACAUGAUAAAUCCCUCAUUUUCUGAUUCCUCUUAUUCUUCUUCUUGUCAGAUCUUCUUCUUCCUUCCUUUUCUGUUCCAAUUCCAUUCUAAGUCUCUUCUCUUUCGACUUCAAUUUCACUUCCUGUAAAUAUCAUAAUCAAACACAACAAAAGGGAGAAAAGCAAAACAACCAAAGCUUCUCUUUGGAUGCUUUACUUUUUUGCUUUUGCUUGAUUCGAAGGAGCCUUUGAUUUGAUUGCUCAAAUUCAGUAAUGGGUGUCGCUGUUUGCACCCUCUGCUUUUCUUGCCUCAAAUUCAAACGAGUUUUGAAUUAUAUGUGACGUUGCUGGUUUGCAGAAUUUUGAGUGAAGAGGAGCAGUAUGGGAAGCAGGAUUAGAGAGAGGAGGGAAGGUGAAACUAGGAGAAGUUUGCAGGAAGAUAAUGAAGUGUCUACGGUCAGGAGAGUCGUUGGGAGGAGCUGAUGAAGUGUUUCCUUCAUCUGGAUCUCUUGCAAGUGCAACCAAGGACUUUUCAGCUAGUGAAAACUCUUGCUUAGGUGAACACAUUGAUAAGAAGCCGGACACUGGGAACAUAGAAGAAGCUGAAUCAUCCUUACGUGAGAGUGGUGUCUUGAACUAUGAGGAAGCUAGAGCUCUGCUAGGAAGAUAUGAAUAUCAGAAAGGAAAUAUAGUAGCUGCUUUACAUGUCUUUGAGGGAAUAGACAUAGGUGUUGUGACUCCUAAGAUCAAAAUUGCCCUUUCCAGAAGCAGAGAACGCCGCAAGAAACAUUCUCAAAAUCAUGCUGAACCGCAAAUGUCUAUACAUUCUGUUGGCUUACUAUUGGAAUCUGUCUUCCUCAAAGCAAAAUCUUUGCAGAUUCUUGAAAGGUUUAAAGAAGCUGCCCAAUCUUGCAAAGUUAUUUUGGAUAUAGUGGAAUCUUCAUUACCCGAAGGCUUGCCUGAUAAUUUCGGUGCUGAAUGUAAAUUACAGGAGACCCUGAACAAGGCAGUUGAGCUGCUUCCAGAAUUAUGGAAACUUGCUGAUUGUCCACGUGAAGCAAUUUUGUCUUACCGACGAGCACUACUUCAUCAAUGGAAUCUUGAUGCAGAGACCAUAGCAAAAAUUCAGAAAGAAUUUGUUAUUUUCCUUCUUUACAGUGGAGGAGAAGCCACACCACCCAAUCUCCGGUCCCAAAUGGAUGGCUCAUUUGUACCUAGAAAUAACAUAGAAGAGGCUAUACUUAUCUUAAUGAUUUUGUUAAGAAAAGUCACUCUAAAUAGAAUUGAGUGGGAUCCUUCAAUUUUAGACCACCUCUCAUUUGCUCUGUCAGUUUCUGGAGAUUUGACAGCUUUAGCCAAUCAAUUGGAAGAAUUGUUUCCACGGACAAUUCCUAGAAGUGAAAGGUACUACACUCUAGCUCUUUGUUAUUAUGGAGCUGGUAGAGAUCUGGUAGCACUGGAUUUUCUCAGAAAGUUGUUGAGGAGUAGAGAGGACCAAGACCAUGUUCCUGGUUUGUUAAUGGCUUCUAAGAUUUGUUCUGAGAACUGUUCUCUUGCAGAAGAAGGAGUAAGCUUUGCCAAGCGAGUGCUUCAGAACUUGGAUGGCAGAUGUAAUCAGCUAGAAGAUCAUGGUAAUUUCUUUCUUGGUGUCUCACUUUCAGCCCAGUCGAAAUUGGCAGUUUCUGAUUCUGAAAGGGUUAAGGGACAAUCUGAGGCACUUCAUGCCCUAGAAACUGCUGCCAGAACAAGAAACCCCCUUGUACUAUACCAUCUCAGUCUAGAAUAUGCAGAACAAAGGAAGUUGGAUGCUGCACUUCAUUAUGCAAAAUGCUGCAUAAAACUGGAAGGUGGUUCUAAUAUUAAAGGAUGGUUGUUGUUAGCCCGGAUACUGUCUGCUCAAAAACAGUUUCUGGAUGCCGAAUCUAUCAUCGAUUCUGCUUUGGAUCAAACUGGAAAAUGGGAUCAGGGUGAUUUGUUGCGAACAAAAGCUAAACUUCAAAUUGCACAGUGCAAGUUAAGGAAUGCCAUUGAGACAUAUACUCAGCUUCUUGCUGUUCUUCAAAUUCAGAGUAAAGGUUUUGGUUCUGGAAAGAAGCUAUAUAAGGACAAUAGAGAUCGUGCUAGGAACUUGGAAGUGGAAAUAUGGCAUGAUAUUACUUAUGUAUAUAUCAGUCUUUUACAGUGGCAUGAUGCAGAGGUGUGCCUUUCAAAAUCCAAGGCAAUCAAACCACUCUCUGCAUCUAGAUGUCAUGCAAUAGGCGUAAUGUACGAAGCUAAGGGCCAUUACAAAGAGGCUCUAAAAUCUUAUGGUGAUGCUUUGGACAUUGAUCCUGGCCAUGUCCUUAGCUUAGUCUCCAGUGCUGUAGUUCUUAAACGAUGUAGUAGUCACUCAAAUCCAACAGUUAAAAGCUUUCUGAUGGAAGCACUACGACACGACAGAUUCAAUGCUUCUGCUUGGUAUAAUCUUGCUCUUCUUCACAAAGCUGAGGGCACAUCAUCAUCAUUAGUUGAAGCUGCAGAAUGUUUUCAAGCUGCACAUUUUCUUGAAGAAUCUGAACCUGUUGAACCUUUCAGAUGACUCAUUCUAUACAGGUUGAUCUUCUGGUAGAACCAAUUACAGAUUACCCUUCUGUUUCAGGACAGCUAAGAGAGAUGCAUUGAUCAUGGUGUGGAGAGCUAGUCCAAAAGAAAUUAUAGUAAUAAACUAAACAAAAAAAGAUGACAAACUCUCCAAGCAGUUUUGUGAUGCAAUUGCAAUGAUUCAUGUUUCAUGUAUUCAUGUAUAAUUUUCACAUGUCUUCUUUAUAUGUCAAUUCAGAAAGUAAUAAAUGCAAACGAACCAUAUUCAUCGAUUA